AAGAAGGAGAAAGAAAGAGAAGUGGAGUAUGAAACAGUUAAGGGGGAUACAGCUCAUUAAUCAGUAAUACACACUUGGUUAUUUCCAGAUUUUUGCCUUAGCUUGUUCUAUAAGAGUGGACGAAGGAUUCAGUAGCAGGAGGACCAGCGGACGACGCAAGAUCUCCUCUCAGACUCUCCAGCAGACUCAAAGAUGACUCGCUCCUUAAGAGACUGGUUCAAAGAUUACAGGUUAGAGCAACGCAGUCACAAAAAACGAGUCGUCACCAAAGAUGGCCGCUGCAACAUCAAGUUUGGCAACGUGAUGCACAGAAACCGCUUCACCUACGUCCUCGACUUUUGGACCACCUUGGUGGAAACCCGAUGGCGGUUCAUCAUCUUCUAUUUUGUGGCAUCCUACACCCUUAGCUGGUUCAUCUUCGGACUCUUGUGGUACUGGUUAGCAAGAAGCAAUGGUGACCUGUUGUGGCAGAAUCCACCACCAGAUCACAACCCAUGCGCUUACAGCCUUAAUGAUAUGACUUAUGCCUUCCUCUACUCGUUGGAGACCCAAGGCACAGUUGGGUAUGGCAAUGUAUAUGUCACUGAUCAAUGUCCUGGAGGUGUGGCUCUAAUUAUAAUCCAGAUGAUCGUAGGACUCUUUAUCCGUAUCUUCUGGGGUGGUAUAGUUAUAACCAAAAUCACCCUUCCAAAAAAGAGAGCCAAGACCAUCACCUUCAGUGAAUCUGCUGUCAUCUGCCCCAAAAAAGGCACUCUUUGCCUUCAAAUCCGUGUUGCCAACCUGCGCAAGACCUUAAUGAUCGGCAGUCAGAUUUACGGGAAGCUUCUGAGGACAACAGUCACUGGAGGUGAAACCAACAUCUUGGACCAGGUCAGCAUCAAUUUCAUGGUGGACGCCGGUAAAGACAAUCUGUUUUUCGUGUGUCCUUUAACCCUGUACCACAUCAUUGACAAAAGCAGCCCAUUUUUCGACAUGGCUGUGGACACGAUGCAUCAGCAGGACUUUGAGCUUGUGGUUUUCCUGGAUGGCAUGGCCGAAACCACCAGCUCCUCCUGCCAGGUCAGGACUUCAUACAUCCCUCAGGAGAUCAUGUGGGGCUAUGACUUUCUCCCGAUCAUCUCCCGCAGUAAAGAGGGAAAAUACCGAGUGGACUUUUCCAACUUUACCAAAGUGGUGCCUGUUCCUACCGCACAUUGCUCCCGCUGCUACCACAAUGAGCCCGGAAACCAUCUCGAGGGCACUGACAACAAGAGUUUUGAGGUGUUCGACAUGGAGCUUCCCAACGGCAACAAAAUGUAAUGCUUUUUGACUGACUGACUGACAAUAUCUUGCACUAGCCAGAAACAUUGAACACUAUGUCACAAUCCCAGUUCUAUCCCUUAGCUCAUCCCCUUACCCCUCAUUUUGCCUAUUAAUGUGAAGGCGUAGGGGUUUCCCAAUUUUCUUUAGCUUGAAGGCCUUGGUCUAAGGGGAAGAGCUAGAUAGCCCUUGAAAUGGAGAUUUUCCAGGACCACACUAGAAAUCGAAAGGGUACGAAAAUUUCCCAGAACACAGCAGCUACAACAGCAACAUGGCUGCAUACGUCAGGAGAUGCACAAAUUUGAGUGUUGUUUUGGUAUUA